GCUCGACAAACUCUCCAGCACCGCAGCGCUCUGCCUCCAGCUCUCGGCUCAGCUCCACUUUGCCAUGCAGGCCACACUGCUCGGCGUCCUGGGGCUGGCCCUGCUCAGCACACUGCACGCCCAGGACAGCAUUCCUGUCCAAGCUGACUUCCAGCAGGACAAGCUCACAGGGAGAUGGUACAGCAUUGGCCUGGCCUCCAACUCUAACUGGUUCAAGGAGAAGAGGCACCUGAUGAAGAUGUGCACCACCAUCAUCUCCACCACCGCAGAGGGGAACCUGGAAGUUACAUCUACUUACCCCAAGGGGGACCAGUGCGUGACGAGGAACAGUCUUUACACCAAGACAGAGCAGCCAGGGCGGUUCAGCUACACCAGCCCACGUGAGUGCCCAGCUUCUGUGCUGCCCUGGACACACUCACAGCCCUGCUGUGCCUGCUUCUGCCUUGGAGCUGAUUUUGAGCUCAAGGCUGAGUUGUGCCCCAUGUCCCCUACAGGCUGGGGCAGCAAGCACAACAUCCAUGUGGUGGAGACCAACUAUGAGGAAUACGCCUUGGUGGCCACCCGAAUCUUCAAGAGCACUGGUUCCUCCACCAUGGUGCUGCUCUACAGCCGGACAAAGGAGCUGAGUCCUGAGCACCUGGAGAUGUUCACCCAGUUCUCCAGGGAGCAGGGCCUGACGGAUGAUGAGAUCCUCAUCCUGCCCCAGACAGACAAAUGCAUGGCAGAUGCUGCUUAGGUGAGUCCUGACUUCAGUGGGACUCAGACCAGCCCUGCAGGAGGGCAGACCCACCAGCUGCUACCAGUCCAAGCCCCAGCAGCACCGCAAACUGGCGACCACCCUGUCCCAUCUGACCACCAGUGGCUCCCCAGCACUGCAGCAGUCUUCGCUUCCUGGCUUCACAACCUACACCUGUAUCUCUGUCUCAAUUAAAGCCCAUAAAAAACCA